AUGAUUGAUUUAUGGCUCACUAUUGCUUUUGUCGCGGUAUGGGCAAUGUCACAUCAUUUUAUCUUAUUGACACUUCUAAGGUUUGGUAUGUUAUUAGCUAAGCCUAUCGAUACUCCUAGUGCUGUAAAUGCUCGUUUGUCAUCUGUGCUUUCACCACAGUCUGAAGCCGAGAAGGAGUACAUGUCUCGAGUUCCUUAUACUAGUGCAGUGGGAAGUUUGAUGUAUGCUAUGGUUCAUGGGUCAACCUGGGAAGAAGCAUUGCAAGCCAUUAAAAGGAUUUUUCGUUACCUUAGAGGUACAUCUGAUGUUGGUCUUGUUUAUGGGAAUUGCACAGAGUGUUUGGUGACUGGUUAUUCUGAUUCUGACUAUGCUGGAGAUGUUGACAGUAGGAGGUCUAUGACUGGUUAUGUGUUCACUCUGGGUGGUUCUGUUGUUAGUUGGAAGGUAACCUUACAGCCUACAGUUACUUUGUCUACUAUUGAAGUAUAG